AUGAUCUCCGACGGCGACCUGUACCGCUUGGCCAUCUUCCUAGGCUCAUGCGCCAUGAUGAUGAUCGUUCUAUACCACUUCCUCGACGUCAAUGCCCGCGAUGAUAACGAGCCCGCCGAGAACAACUCCGCAAAGCCCGCCCGCACGACAGCCAAGGCCACGACAUCAUCUGCAGAGGCUACACCCACCUCGCCGCCACCUACGGGGAAGGCUCUAUAA